AUGGAGCAAACUGCAGCAGCAACAGUAGAAAAAGAAACAACAGCAGCAGCAGCAGCAGCAACAGCAGCAGCAGCAGCAGCAGCAGCAGCAGCAGUCACACCUGCACCGCCGCAAGACCCAGCAACGGGGGCCCCUGUGGGUAUCCUUGGGGGCCCCCCUCGGGGCCCCCCCUCAGAGGGGGCCCCCCAGCAUGCUGACGAUGCUGCUAUGCAGAUAGAAAGCACAGAAAGCAUAGAAAGCAUGGGGCCCCCCCCCGGGGGCCUGGGGGGCCCCCCGGGGGGCCCCCCGGGGGCCCCCCCGGGGGCCCCCCAGGGUACUAGUGGUAGACACCUGUCUAUAUCCCUGGUUAGGGGGGGCCCCCAGGGGGAGGGGGGGGGCCCCCUUGAGGGUACAGGGGCCCCCAGGGGAGAGGGGGGCCCCCUAGAGGAGAGUGAUGGUGGGUAUGGUGAUUGUUUGCUGCCGCUGAUGGCUGCAGCAGGAGUGAUUGGUGGUGAUGAUAGUGAAGAAGGUGCUGCUGCUGCUGCUGCUGCUGCAGUUGCUGCUGCUGCUGCUGCUGCUUCAGGUGAAACAGCAGCAGAAACAGCAGCAGCAACAGCAGCAGCAGCAGCAGCAGCAGAAGGAGCACCGCGGCUGCUCGAAUGUCUUUUCAGUGCUAACCCAGCAGAAGCUCUUGCAGCAGCAGAAGGAGCACCGCGGCUGCUCGAAUACCAACACACAGACAAACAAACCCUACACCUGCUGCAGCUCAUCCUCUUCGACCAGCAGCAGCAGCAGCAGCAGCAGCAACAGCAACAGCAGCAGCAGCAGCAGCAGCAGCAGCGGUGGGGUGGAGGCCUUCCUGCGCCGCGAACUGUGCUGGAUCAGCAGCUAUUUGAGUUGCUGCUGCUGCCUCAGCAGCAGCAGCAGCAGCAGCAGCAGCAGCAGGUCCCUGUGGAGUGCCUCUGCGGGUUGCCUGUAGCUGCUGCAGCAUAG